UUAAUAACACUACCUUAUUUGAAAAGACUAUUUUGAGAUUACUCAAAGAAAUUUCUAAUUUAUAAUUAAGUGAUUAAAAAACUUAAGACUAUAUUUUCUAAGAAAAUUAUACGUGUCAUGAUUAUGUACUUUAUUUUUUGACAAAUGGAUAAUACAUAUGCUAUGAGAUUGACUCAAUGCAUAUCUUACCUAAAACUUUUUUUAUGGCGAUGUCUUUGUUAAUCCCUGUUUGUGCUCAUUUUGGAGCUCAAUACUCAGUUUGUUCUGACAUCCGUGAAGCCAUCAAUAACAUUGAGAAGAAACUGAGUCCUGGUCAAUUAGAAGCAUUUCGCAGGACUCCAAUUGGGCACUUCAUGGGGCUUAAGAACCUCCAGUUUUCUGGCCAGAUCAUUUACCACAUGCUUUUGUUGCUUGUUGAGGAUCAACCAGACGAUGAAUUCUGGAUCCUCCAGAAUGGUGAAAUUGUCAAAUUCACUUUCAAUGACUGGUACAGAAUAACAGGGUUGCCGAACACAAAGAAGUACCCAGCUCUUAAGGACAAAGAUCUUGGACAGAGCUCAUUAUGUCACACAUUCUUAGGAGGGGAGGUCACGAAGUGCACGUUCAAGCAUGUACGAGAGAAGUAUGUUGCAGCGGAGAAUAGCAUGGAUUUGAAGAAAAUGGUAGACUUUACCAUGCUCUACUUCAUUGAGUCUGUCCUUUUAGCAAAGGAUAAAUCUACAUGCAUUGAAUCAACACAUUUGCAUCUUAUAGAAGAGCCCAAAAAAUUCAAAUCUUAUCCAUGGGCUUGGGAGUUGUACUUACUUACCAUACGACAUAUGAAAGGUGCAAUGGAUGGACAACCCGAAAAAUUUGAAAAAAAGAGCAAGGAAACCCCAAACUACAAAUCCUUAAAGUACACCUUCUAUGGUUUUCCAUUGCCUAUUCAGGUGUGGGCUUAUGAGUGUUUUCCGGAGUUGGUUGAAAAAAACCUUGUUAUGCAAGAGGGAAAAGAAUCUUGUGAAAUUUUGAAUUGGGCUUCAAAGAAGUUUCCAAAAGCAGUGACAAUCAAGGACAUUUUCUUUCGUGAUUUGCAACAAAAGAAGGAUUCUGAUGCCGACACCAUUCGAGGCAUUAGAGAUUUGAAGAAAAGGAUGGAUGGACUUGAAGUGAAGAUUGAUGAAAUAAAUAAGUUGUUGGUGGAGGUUCUUAUGAAGUUUAAUUCAACCGAUAUGGGAAGGCAAAAGUCAAAUGGCCGAAGGAGAAGAUCUGUUAGAAUUCAGAGACAGAAGAGAGAAAGGACAAAGGAUGUAGUGUCAACUGCAAGUGAUGGAGAGAGUGAGGAGGAAAAAAAAGAGGCUGCUGAGGAAGAUGAGGAAGAGUUAGAAGAUGAUGAUGAAAGCGAGGAGGCUGCUGAGGAAGAUGAGGAGAAGACUGCUGUUAAGGAAGAUGAGGAGGAGACUGCUGCUGAGGAAGAUGAAGAUGAGACUCAGGAAAAUGAGGAGGAGACUGUGGAAAAUCAGGAGACUGUGGAAAAAGAGGAGGAGACUGGGAAAAUGAGGAGGAGACUGCUCCUCGGGAAAAUGAGGACACUGCUGCUGAGCAAAAUGAGGAUGAGGACACUGCUGCUGAGAAGUCUCACAAUGACAGCGACGAGGCUCAUGUUGAAAAGGAGGCGACUGCUGAACAUGAACCCCAAGACAACAUGACAUGACUAAUGCUCUUCCAAUUCCAAGUGAUACACAUAUGGUUGAAGUUGAUACACAUAUGGUUGAAGUGGACAAGCUUCUGAUGGAAUUGACUCUCAAAAAGAAGAGAAAGAGACAAAAAUCAAAAUACUACUGCAGCCCCUUUACAGACCCCCCGACCGCGUAAGAAUGUGCGACCAAUGGUAAAUCCGUUCACAAUUGAAAUAAUAGUUGAAGAUUGGA